GAGAGAGAUGGAGAAAAAUCCGUUAAUGGAGGCUGCUCGGAAAGGAGAUGUCGAGUAUUUACUCCGAUCAACGGAAUCCGAUCCGACUCUUCUCGAGGUUAUUGUCAUCAACGGCGAGUCUUCGCCGUUGCACGUUGCCUCUAUGUACGGAUACUUGAGUUUCGUCAAAGAAAUCCUCAAGCUAAGAGAGAGUCUCGGAAGAGAGCUUAACAAAGACGGAUUUACCCCUCUACAUAUAGCAGCAUCCAUGGGUCACGUAGAAGUCGCGAGAGAGCUUUUGGAGAAGCUAAGUAGUGAGAUCUGUUUGAUCAAAGGUAAAGAGAGGAAGAUUCCUCUUCAUUACGCUGCUAUGAGGGGAAGAGUUUGUGUUCUUGGUGAGUUAGUGUCUGCAAAUCCUGAAUCUCUUGAAGAAGUCACUGCUCGUGGAGAGACAGUGCUUCAUCUUGCGGUUAGAUUCUGUCAGUUCGAUGGAUUCGUUGCUUUACUGGAACAUCUUAAGGAGUUUGAUAAGCUUUGCGUGUUGAAUAAGCAAGACAAUGCAGGGAACACGGUUUUGCAUUUAGCUGUUCAGAAACGACAGUACGAGGUGAUUGACUUGUUGCUUAGCUCUAGAUCUAAUAUCACAAUCUUCAGAGAUUUCAUUGAAGUGAACUCUUUAAACGCCAAUGGCUUCACACCUCUUGAUGUGUUACAUCACUUUGGAGGUGAACCAGAAGACACAGAGAUUCAUCAGAUCCUCCGUGAAGCAGGAGCUGUAAGAUCCAGAGAUCAUAACACAAGACAAGCAGCAGAAACAACAACAGAGAACGAAACAACACAAUCAGAAGAAUCUCUGACGACUCACAAGCAAUGGCUAGAUUACUUCAAGAGCAAGAAAGACAGAGUUUCACCUAACGAAAUCCGCAGUGUCUUACUAGUUAUCGCGAUUCUGAUAGCCACAGCGACUUAUCAAGCCGCGCUAAGUCCACCUGGAGGUGUUUGGCAAGAAGAUUACUGCAACAAUGGAUACUGUCAAGAAACUGACACAAAAGGAAAGAAAACCAAGCCGCUUUAUCACGCUGGGACAACGAUAAUGGGAUCGAAGAAUUGGAUCUCUUACGGCAUCUUUAUCUUCUUAAACUCAAUAGGGUUUUUCACUUCUAUUGAACUAAUCUCAUUACUCACAAAAGGUCUCCCUUUCUACCUUGAGAUGCAAGUUUCACUGAAUGCUGUUGCCUUGACCUAUGGAUUUGCAAUGGCUGCACUUUCUCCUAGUUUCGGAUUAGGCCUCUUCUUCUUGGUGAUCUCCGUGGUAAUACCCAUCUCAGUAGCGAAAAUCCCGAGUCUAAUCCGGAAACAUACCAAGAAAACAAGAGUCUCUCCUCUAAGAAGUAGUUCAACAACUACCUCCUAAAAUCCCAAGUUUCAGUCUCAAAAUUCUAAUUCCCCUGUUUCUUUUUUUUGGUUUCUUAGUUGUUUUGUGUUCUUGUGUUGUUCUUGAGUCAAAAGGUAAAAACUUUUUAUGUUGUUGUCAAUAUCCCAUUAUGUGUAUCAUGCAAGUCACAGUCUCUUAGCCUCUUUCAAGUUGUCUAUUGACUGAGAUUUCUUUA